UGAGGGAAAGUUACGAGCACUACUUCUGGGCCACUGUGCAAGAGAAACAGGUGGGAUAAGACUGGUGCUGGAACCUCACAGAGACUAACCCUAACCAAAGGACAAACCAUGGCUAGCCAUUUUAUCAGAGGACCAAGUUUUGGAAUGUCAGCUGAGGUCAAGAGCAAGCUGGCCGGGAAGUAUGACCCAGUGAGGGAGGAGCAGCUGCGACUGUGGAUCCAGGAGGUGACGGGCCGCCGCGUUGGCGACAACUUCAUGGAGAGCCUGAGGGACGGAGUGCACCUGUGCGAACUAAUCAACAAGCUGCAGCCGGGGUCAGUGAGGAAGAUAAACACAUCCACCCAAAACUGGCAUCAGCUUGAGAACAUCGGUAACUUUGUGCGAGCCAUCACUGAUUACGGACUCAAGGCUCAUGACAUCUUUGAGGCCAACGACCUCUUUGAGACCAUGAACCACACUCAGGUCCAGUCCACGCUGAUUGCCCUAGCUGGAGUGGCCAAGACCAAGGGCUUCAACACCAAAUACGACCUUGGGGUGAAGUACGCCGAGAAGCAGCACCGCAAGUUUGCCCCGGACCUGAUGAGGGAAGGGCGCAACGUCAUCGGCCUGCAGAUGGGCACCAAUAAGUGUGCCAGCCAGAAGGGCAUGACCUCCUAUGGAACGAGACGGCACCUAUACGACCCCAGGUCUAGCAUGGAUACCCCUCUGGAUCAGUCCACCAUCAGUCUACAGAUGGGCACAAACAAAGGAGCCAGCCAGGCUGGCAUGACUGCGCCUGGCACCAAGCGACAGGUGUUUGAAUCAAAGAUGGACCUGAUGAACUGUGACACAUCGACCGUGUCCCUCCAGAUGGGCACCAACAAGGCGGCGUCUCAGCGGGGCAUGACGCCCCUGGGUCUCCCACGCCAAGUCUACGACAAGAAUUACUGCUCCAAAGUUGACGAGUACUACAACGAAUCCUACUUGGACGGCUACGAUGGCUCUGACUAAAGUCGAUAUGAGCCCAUCCUCUCAAAGCAAACCAAAAAAUUCAGAU